AUGCAAGGAAUAGGCCAAAGUUGGCGAGUCCUCCUCUGGCAGUUGUUGUUUUAUGGCCCGACAAGCCUGUCGGCCCGACCCAUUGGAUCCAGCGCCACCGACAAGCACGAUGAGUUGGAGGAAACGGCGCAUAAUGCUGAUGGGGAGAAGGGACCAGGGAACUUGAGUUUAUUUGCGCCCGGUCAAGACUCACCAAUGGGGACGCCAAAAUCUCAGGCAAGUGUUCAUCCGGCGCAUCACCCUCGCAUGCUACCAGACAUUCGUGACUGUCGAGACCGAGACCGUUUGACUGAGCAAGAGGCCUCGGGCUCUUUGACACUAUAUUUGCCACAUUGUCUAUGGGCCAUCUCCUUUGGAUCCUUGUCACGGCUUCACUUCAUACAACCAAGACCCAGGACAGCUUGGUAG